AUGGAGACCCAGCAAAUCCUAUCACCAUUCACCGUGACUUACUUGAAAAGUGGCAUUCACGCAGUCGCAAAGAUGGUACGUUUUCUCUUUGUCCCUCGUAAAUCAUUUUUACAAUGGUACGGAUCUUUUAAAACAAGAACUUUAUUUUAUUUCAAAAUCAGUGCUUUGAUAUCACUUGUGGUAGCAUUUUCUCAUACAAACAUUUACCGUAAAACAACAUUUGAUAAGCGUUUUUUGAGUUUCUGUUUUUUCCCACAAGUUGGUGAUUACAACAGUUUACAGGGAAUUUUUACAGCGAACACUUCUAGCAUGGUUUACUUGUAGAAUUUUCUUUCAGUAUAAUUGCAUCCCUGACGGAUGCAAUAGAUGUCUAGCCCCACUCUAGUCUAAACUGUUACCAGUAGUCUGCAGAAUAGUUAACAUACUGUCUUUUACGGUUAGUUUUUGGAGUGUAUAUCAAGCUACAUAUUUCACAGGAUUCUGAAUCAAAUUAUUUUCUCGUUCUUGGCUCCUCAUCAUGUCAGAGUCGUUUCUUAUAGCAAAAUCAAGCUUUAUAUGGCCUAGCCUUAUUUGGUUUAUAGUUAUUUUUUGUUUUUCUCUAAAUCUAUUAUAAAUUGGCAACCACUUGCUCAGUGCAUCCAGUUGGUUCAGUUGGUGUACCUAAGGAGAGCAAGUCCUCAAGUCAAGUAUAUAUUUUCAAGUCUCCCACGGAUGUGUAUUUAUCAAUAACAUUUGGUAUGUUACAUUAUUUUCCUAUUUCUUUAUUAUUUUAUGCCUUUUAGUUUGGUUUAUUUACUUUCUAUUUCCUUAGUUUUCAACAAUAUUGUUCUUAUAAUUUAGCCGCAUUUUCAAUAGAGUGUUUAUCUCAUUUGACCUUUAGUCUGGCACAGCAAAUAAUUUGCCUGUUAAACGUUCUGCUAUUGUUCUCACCAAUAGUUACCGUAUCAUUGCUUACCUUUGUUUCUAAUCAUUUUCUGUAAUUGGUCCCUUGUAUUCAAUCCAUGUUUGUUCAAAUUAUCCUUUUGUCAUUGUUAUUUUCGUGAUUUAGUUUCAUUGCCCCAGUUAGUAUUAGCUUAGUCAUGCUCUAUUGUUAUGCAAGACACGUAAUGCGAAUCCCUGGUUUUUGUCUAUUUUGCACUUCAUGUAAUGUUCUCAGAUUAUACUCAGCUUUUAGAUUGUUAACAUUUUUAAGUCACUUUUAUAGUUUCUUAAGCAAUCUUAAUUGUACUUUUUAACAUGCAAUUUAUUAGCGAGCAUUAUGUAAUCAGCUAUCUAGUCUUAUGUUGGUGGCAUUAGAGCAACAGCUUCAGAACCAGAAUGGUCCUAGCGCAUCUGCCUCUGAUUCAAGUUCCGCAAACCCUGGCCAGAUGACAGUGAAAGUUCCCAGAGAGCGCAAACUUGGGAAGUUUGCUGGCAGCCGUGACGAUCGCAUCCUGGAAGAGUGGAUUGGGGACGCCACCCGGGCCAUCGCUGGACAAACAGAUGCUGAUGGCAUGGACUUUUUGCCCUACCACCUGGACAGUGUAGCCAAGGAAGAGGUCCGCCUACACCCCGCUGAGAAGAGAGCCAUCCCCGCCACAGUCUUCAAGGUCCCGCGAGACUGUUUCAGUGAAGGACUCACUAACACCCAAGCCUCAUGGAAGUUCUUUAAAAAAAGACAGAGGGAUUAUGAAUCAGUUUGUGAGUUCUCCCAUGCCUUCAUGCUACGUCUACCAUGGUUGGAGCACCUGGAUGCAGCAGUGGUCAAGGACAAGCUCCUAAGAGACCAGUUUCUGGAGAACUUGGCAGAUCCCCAGCUCCGAAGAGAUAUCGAGUGCUGCGUUGACACCACCCCACCAAAACCUUCCAAGAGAUCAGAGAUGAGGUUCAGUGCUGGAUUGACGAGGACCCCCCCCCCAAGAAAGUCUGUUGUGCGUGAGGCCACAACAGGAAACCCCCCUCACAAGGUUACCUGUGAUGAGGUGAAGGGAGCUGCUGACCUGCCGAAAGUGAUAAGUGAGCUGGUAGUGGGACAGAAGAUCCUGGCAAAGCAGAUUCAAUGUCAGCAGGCCGCUCUAGAGAGGCAGCAACAGGCCAUCUUCCAGCUCUCCAUGGGUAGUCAACAAUGGUGA